AUGUCUUCGAUGUUCGCGCUCGGUUACCACGAGAAUAUCGAGACUAAGACGGAAACACCUCCGUUCCUCAUGAAGGUGCGAAAGACAGCUUUUGCAAGAAUCUAUUCUGCAGACAAGAACAUCGCCAUCUUUUUAGGGAGGCCGCCGCGCAUGAGCAAACGUUUUUGCCACUUUCAAAUUCCCUCGAGUUCUCCGGACUCGCAAGGCAACACAGAGUGGGACACCGAUGCAAUGCCUAGUUAUACGGAAGAAACACGCUGGUCUGCUCUUUGCGCUUCCUUGAAGGAGGAAAUCCUCGAGCUAGCCCGAGAUAAGCCGCAUACAUGUGUGCAGAAAAUUAGGUAUAUCUUGAUGCAAAUAGUCGAACGGAAAUUGGCUAACAACAGAAGUGCUAUCCAAGAUAGGGCAGAAGCUCAGUGGCGAGCACUGCCUCCGCAUUUCCAGCUAGAGGGCAGCAUCAGACAACACACUCGACAGUCACCAUUCGAUCAAGACUUCUUGGUUAGUGUCCGGCUCAAUCAGCUCCAUGUUCUCCUUCUGCUUCGCUUAUUGUUGCUGAAUACUCUUGCGGAUCCCGACACCUCGGUGGUCACCGUCGCCGGAGAGAUGCUUGCUCUUGUCGUUGAGGUUAUCCUCAAUCGGGAUCAACUCACCAACUCUGGAACCGGGCUUGUUUGGAAGGUAAGUUAUCUUACAUUUUUAGCAAGCGGAAUGCUAAGCAAUCAGAUUGCACACUAUGGUCUACCUGCUGCUGGCAUAGUCCUGCUCGCGAUGCUCAAACAGCAAAGCACGCCACUACCGCUCGGCAAAUCAAGGACUAGAAUACUGCAAGAUCUCAGCAUCUUCGUUGCUGAAAUCCAGAUAGGAGCAAUUGUAAGGGAGGCAGACCCGAUCUACGGGCUGAUCACCAAGGCUACGCAAACGAUUUAA